AUGCAGAACUCUAAACUCCAGAUAUCGUUAUCCAACGCUUCGAAAAUAUACUUUCCAGGGCAAGUUGUACGCGGUGAAGUGGAACUAUAUUUAAAUGAACCGCUGAGCUUCUCAGUCAUUAUAACAUCUAUUUCUGGAAUUGCCACCAUUAAAACAAAUGGUACAGAAGGUAGCCCUCAACGGAAUAAACGAGUUCGAGUAUACUUUGAAAAGGUUUUCCAGUUCUGCUGCGUCUCGAAUGGAGUAAACAAUAAAAAUCCACUUUGGAAUGAAGGAUCACAUAAAUAUAAUUUUACAUACAAGCUUCCAAAAGGCAUCCCAUCCUCAUUUGAAUCUCCUGAUGGUCAUGUGAGGUACAAAAUUUGUGCCUUUGUUGAUGCUGCCGAGACACAGAACCAAAACUUGACAGAUAUGAGAUUCUUUUGUGUCAACAGUGUUUUAAAUUUAAAUGGAAUCAACAAAAUAUCGAGCCCAAAAACUGUUUUCAAACAUGACGAACUGUCUUGUUUAUGUAUACGUUUUCGAACUGUUUCUGUGGUUCUUAGUCUAAUGAAAAGAGGCUUUGUGCCUGGAGAAAAUAUUGUAAUAAAUGCAGUUAUUUAUAAUGGAACUAGCAGUGUAAUUCCACGUGUUGAAGCUAAACUGGUACAGAGAGUGAAAUAUAAUUUCAAGAAUUAUUCAACUGAACUGAAGGGCACAGUAGCAGAAAUUGUUAGAGGGCCAGUUAUGCCCUCUGAAUCCCAAAUAUGGCGAAAUGAGAAACUUCUCAUUCCACCAGUUGUAACUUCUCAGUUGCUAUGUGGGAACCUCAUUAAUGUUGAUUACAAGAUGUGUUUCACAGCAGUCCAAGUGUCUCAACUGGAAAAUGUUGCUAUAAAGAUUCCUGUCAUUAUUGGAAAUGUUCCUUUGCUGAAUGAUGCAAAAUCCUUUGAUACAGGAUCAGGUGAUCCACCUAUGGCUGUUCAUAGUUUGCUUUCUGAUGUUAUAUAG